CAAUUUAAUAUAUCGAUAACCAUUAUUUUCUGCUGUGCUACGCUACCCGGUAAAUGCUGAAAUGGUGCAGAAAUAAAUAUAAUUCUCUGACUAAAAAAUUGGCAAAAACAGUCGCGUAAAGUAAUGAAAAGCAACCGCCAGUUUUUCUAGCCGACAGUGUUUCCGUGAGAGCAGUGUAAAGUACAUUUUCGUACCGCAUCGAUUUUUUCUGCUGCCGCUGCUGCUGCUGCUGCUGCCGCUGCCACAUUAACAGCCCCAAGCUAAAUCAAAAACUACAUUCACAAUGUCGCGGCAUCCGAGUGACCGGAAGGUUUAUGUCGGAGAUUUGGGUAAUAACGCCCGUAAAAAUGAUUUGGAGUAUGUCUUUGGAGCUUACGGCAGUCUGCGCAGCGUCUGGAUUGCCCGCAACCCCCCAGGAUUCGCCUUCGUGGAGUUCGAGAGCGCUAGAGAUGCAGCGGAUGCGGUACGCGGUCUAGAUGGUCGCACUGUUUGUGGACGCCGAGCUCGGGUGGAGCUGUCCACUGGUAAAUACGCAAGAUCUGGCGGUGGAGCAGGAGGGGGCGGCGGCGGAGGAGGAGGUGGCGGAGGCGCUGGAGGACGCGACCGCGGUGGCGCUGGUGGCCGUGGGGACGAUAAGUGCUAUGAAUGUGGAGGCCGUGGACAUUUUGCCCGCCAUUGCCGUGAGCGUAAAGCAAGACAGCGACGCAGAAGCAACUCGUUCAGCAGAUCUCGUAGCACAUCCCGUCGCCGUCGCACUCGCUCCAAGUCUGGUGGCACUCGUUCACGCAGUCGCUCCGCUGGCUCUGUGGGCGCUGGUGCUCGCCGCUCUGGCCGCUCAAAUGGACGCGAUGAGAAUGGUUCGGUGUCACGCUACAGCGACCAUGAGCGCAAUGGCAGUGGGGCAGUGGACGCAUCGCCGCCGCCACCUAAGCGGCGCUACGAGGAUGAUGAUGAUGAGCGGGAUAGAGGAUCACGCUCAGCAUCGCCCCCAGUGCGUCGUGGAGGAUCACCACCACGCCGUCGCGGCGAUUCGUCGGCAUCGCGCUCCGUGUCCCGGGACUAGCGACGACAGACGGAUGCAGACGAUGGCCGCAAAUUCAAGAAAAAGAAGAAAUAGUACGUGGGGCCUGGGAGCUGCAACCAAGAAACAAGAAUCAGCGCGAAAGGGGCAACAAACUCCCCCUUCAUUCCCUCACACACACCACACCCCCAAUACAUACAUAUAUAACAAAGAAAGAAAAACAAAACAAAACUAAACGAAACGAAACAAGAAACAAACAAAACAAUUUCCAACAACAAAACAACACUUUCUUCACUCAGUAUACACAACAUACAAACACUGUUUAGUUGUCCCCCAAAACCAUCUUAGCUUAGGGUUUUAAUUUAUUGUCUAAGGGAAGUACGCAUUUGUAAGUACUUUUUGCUAUCGCGACAAGACCUGGAAGAGAAAACACACACAGAGAUCACAGAACAAAGAGCGCUUGAAAUAUCAAAAAUAAAACAUCAAAAUUAUAAAUUCUUAAAAUGGAGAUCGGCGGCAGCCGGCGUAAAGAGGGACACCCGAACCGAACAUCGAUCUAGUCACACCGUUUGCUAUGUAAAUUGAUUUGUGCUUCUGAUUUGACAACCAGACGAUAUAGACGAUGCCUGGAACGAUACUCGAAUAUGUAGGAGGCGGAACGACGCAUUCGUGUGUUUCUCACUGGGGAAUAAAGCGCCAGCAUAUAAAUACAACCUCAUACCAUAACAUAACAUCAUUAUGUCAAUUCUCUUCAAUUCAUGUGUUACCGAUCGAUCCCCAACAAAUACAUACACUCUUGAUAUUUCAACUUUCAAACUUUGUAUGGUGUUUUUUUUCUUUAAAAUAUUCAUAUGAUUGCAAGACCUGCUACAAUGCGAAAU